AUGCCUGACAUGCACGAAAUCCUGGAGAUGUUCAGGGGGGAUAAUCCUGCCGACCUGGGAAUGCCGGUCUAUGCUUCAAGGCAGUGGGUUAUGGAGAAUUCCGACCUGGGGAACCGGAUAGUGUGGAAGAGCCAGGAUUGGGCCGAUGUGCCCAUACCCCCGGACAGGCCGGUCAAGCACUACACCCACGCCCUGUACGUCGUCGAUUGCGAUCACGAGGACACCUGCAAUUGCUCAGAGGACGAAUCCGUGGGAUGGGCAUUCGUGGAGUUCUUCAGUAUGGACGAUGUUCAUCCUACCAAUGGACGAUGUUCAUCCUACCAGGAGAUAAAGGGCUUUAUCCUCACAGUUACCGGCAAUUGA